GCAAAGCUGUCAGUGAAGGUUUGCGAAGGGAAGGAAGCGCUUUAAGAAUUACUGAAAUCCUGCUCUGUCCUUCCCGUGAAAGAGUGUAAAUGUGACGGCGUGUGCUCCCGGAGAGGUGUUUUUACAGCCAGGAGAAGCAAAAGAACGCUUUAAUCAGCCGAACUGCAGUGGAGAAGCCGAGUGUUAUCCAGCUAGCUAACAAUAAAAAACAGGCAAAUGGCGUUGAAGAGGAUCCAGAAGGAGCUGACGGAUCUCCAGAGGGAUCCUCCUGCCCAGUGUUCAGCCGGACCAGUGGGAGAAGACUUGUUUCACUGGCAGGCGACGAUCAUGGGGCCUAAUGACAGUCCUUACCAAGGUGGCGUCUUCUUCCUAACCAUCCACUUCCCUACAGACUACCCCUUUAAACCUCCCAAGGUCGCAUUCACGACAAAAAUCUACCAUCCCAACAUCAACAGUAACGGCAGCAUCUGCCUCGAUAUCCUGCGCUCGCAGUGGUCUCCCGCACUCACCGUAUCGAAAGUUCUGCUCUCCAUCUGUUCCCUGUUAUGUGACCCGAACCCUGAUGACCCUCUAGUGCCUGAAAUCGCACACACGUACAAAGCCGACAGAGAAAAGUAUAACAGACUAGCGAGGGAAUGGACGCAAAAGUACGCUAUGUGAGAGGAAGACGUGCUGUCCGCACAAACACGGCGCAGCGAGCGAACGCACAGAGGAACCUGUUUUAACUUUUUUAAACGUGAGGAGAGCGAGAGAGGUAGAGAGAGGGGUAGAUACGGAUCAACACCGACGCUUUGGCUGGGAGGAAGCAGAGAGAGCGGAGACACCUGAGAACACCACCAUCGCACGCCGGCUGUACGCCGUUAUCUCAGAGCCGCGCCCGGAAAUGCACGCAGCCUGGAAAACACUCGGGAAGACUCCAAACCCGGGAAAUGAGACUUUUACCGACUAUUACUUUGGUGACAUUUUGUUUCUAAGGGUUCCUCAGUGUUUUCGGAGAUUCAGCCAAAAGGCUUCGCUCAUGUACACACCGUCUCUGGGCAUUUCCUGUACAUAUCCUGUGUGUGGGGUUUUUUUUUUUUUUGCCUUUUCCUUAACAGUUUACACUCAGGGGCACGAUACGCUUCAUAACCCAUUACAGUAUUAACAACACGACACAACGGUUCCUCGUCAAGCCGAACCUCUCGUUUAUCGAAUGUGAAAAAUAAAUAAAUAAAUCCGUAUUAGGCUGCGUUCACACUCGGUCCAAAUUCGGUUCAUCCGAUCGGAAUCGGAUCACGUAUCGCAACACGUGUUGAACAGCUGAAUAUCGCACAAGAUCCCAUUUCUACAAAUCCAUUUAGGUCUGAUUGGAUUUCAGGUACAGGAAACAUGCUCGCUUCAUCCGCAUCAGCGCACGGAAUAAAGCGCAACGGGAACGCCUCUUCCGUCUCCCGCGUCUGCGCCACGCCUCCACGUUGCCAUGCUCUAAACAAACAAAGCCCCUUUUUCAUCACCCUCCAUUUUGAUUUCUUUGUCAACUACUUCUGUGUGCGAUGUCGUUACUAUAGCAACAGAUGUCAGUCAGACUGAAGAUGAGGAUUGUCUCACGGACACUCGGAUCAGAUCACAUGCAGUAUAUAACGUGGAAAGUCGAUCAGGAAGAUCGGAUUUGGACUGACGGUCUGAACCUCGCCUUGUAAACACCAGGACAGGACUCGGGAGAAUCCGUGCUCGUCCCGUUUAAGCCGUAUUUGUCUAAGAUACAAAUAUAAAACGUAAAAUUACAAUGAAUUCAUGUGUGAAGGUGCAUAAAACAUGCGAAGGAAAAAAAGAUGUCAGAUUUCUGCAAUCCGAUGUGUUUACUGACACAAUAAAAAGGCAACAAAUAAUAGACGGAACAGAAAAAGAAACAAGUGUUAAAUUAUAAUAAUAAAAUAAAAUGUUGUAUGGUUUUUACGUAACGUUUAACGCAGCUCUUUUCUACCUGGGUUUCCUCAGAUACAGAAAAUCCCGAGAUAUCAGAUUAACAGUGUACAUGCACUGAAUAAUCUGAUUAUGGAGCUGAAAUCCAGUUUGCUUUAUCACAGAUUUAACGACUGGUAAUCCGAUAACGAUCGUAUUUAGGCACGUGCUGAUAAUCAGUGUUGCGAUACAUCGUGAUAUUGAACACGAGAUAAAAAUCUGUACCUUUCGGAGCGUAGUACGAAGGUUGUUGAUUCCGUUUUGGAUUUUUGAAAGGGAGGGGCUUACCUGCUCUUCUGUCAAUCACAGCAACACCAGGCACCCUUGAUCUUGGGUAUUGAUGCGCUCGUGCAUGCGUAAGAGGGCGAAUGGCGCUUGAAAAAAAGAUGCAGGUGGUUGGCGCUACGUGUCUCGGAGGAAGCACUUGUUAGCCUUCGUGAGCUGGUGGGCGGGAUUAGGGAGGAAUUCAAAUUGUAGAGGAAAUGGGGCGGGGUUUUGUGGGUGGGAGGGCAUUUCUUCUACGAUACAAUAUCCUGUUAUUGUGCGAUAUUCAUGAAUCAAUCCGUGUUUAAUUUGCAGGAAAGCAAACGUUUGAAUGAUUCCGAAAUGGAGUAAACGGGACACGCGGAUUCCGUACGAUGUGAUACGACCGUCUUUUGUCAUGCGUCUUGAGUGUGUAUGAGUGAAGUGGCGCAGUAUAACAAGAACAACUUUGUUCUGAAGUGGUUUUAGCUGUUUGUUUUUGCCCUUAAUGGUACCCAAACAGAGUCCUCACCCUCUCUCCUUUACCGCCUCACGCAGAUUUUCUAGCCCCAAAACCACAAAUGCAUGUUAUUUUAUGUUAUGUUAUUCUAGUAUAUGUUUAGGUGAGUGUUCUGGGUUUUUCUUUUUUUUUUUUUUUUUAGGAAUCGAGGCCAAUGUUCGUCCAUAAUUCAGCACAUUUUCUUGUUGAAAACCUCUCGGAGCAAUACCUUCGCUAAAGCAGGACUGUGAAAAUACAAACUCCAGCUUUUUCAGUCUAAAGUUCUGCUUUUUGAAUGCGAGUUUUGUUUGAACGCAAGCGAAACAGAUAGCCGCUAAUGUUCUGUCCUAGCUUAGUGAGCGAAUGUAGAUGAUGUAAUUGGCAUGUGAGCAAGACAAGAUCUGGACUGAGGUCCGUUUCCUGCGUAUUGGUUUUUAAACGCUUAUUAAACCCGAAACACAUCUGAAGUGGAAGGUGCGGGCUUAGUGAAGUUCUCCGGGUUUAGUCCCAGCAUUAAACUUGUACUGGAGUCUUCCAUUCGUUUGUUCGUUCGUGCUCGCAAGCGUCCGUUUAGUUUUUCUGAGCCGGGUCACGUACGAACUUGAUUUCAAACUUGAAUUUUGAGCAAAUUUGGUACGAUGCUGUGAAGCAGCAAAUCAGUCCCUCUCGUUUGUAGUUCCGCACAAAAAGGAAGAAAGACCUGGGUUGGAAGGAAGGAGGAGAGAUGGUUGGUGGAUCGUUUGGCGAGUGUGCGUGUAGCGAAUGCAGUUAAUACAAAACUAACCCAAAAGCGAGCACAGUAGCAGCCGUAUGAGCAACUUGUCAUCUCGUAGUUUGAACCUAGCGUCCAUCUAUAUAAUCAGCCGAUCCCUCGACAGCAGCACGAUGCAUCAAAUCACGCAGAUACGAAUCAAGAGCUUCAGUUAAUGUUCACACAUCAGGAUGGGAAAAAUUGUGAUCUCAUAGUGAAGUGUGACUUUCUUUCUUUCUUUCACUGUGGCAGUAUGGGUGUUGGUUUGAGCCAGAUGAGUAUUUUUGGUUUGAGUAUUUCAGAAACUGCUGAUCUCCUCCUGGGGUUUUCACACACAACAGUCUGUAGAGUUUACACAGAAUGGUGCGGAAAACAAAAAAACAAGCAUUGAG